AUGCUCUGCAGUUACCUGAAGGAGUUCCGCACGGAGCAGUGCCCUCUCUUCGUGCAGCACAAGUGCACUCAGCACCGGCCCUACACUUGCUUCCACUGGCACUUUGUCAACCAGCGCCGUCGCAGAUCUAUCCGCCGCCGGGAUGGUACAUUUAACUACAGCCCUGACAUUUACUGUACCAAGUAUGACGAGACCACAGGAAUCUGCCCAGAAGGAGAUGAAUGUCCCUUCUUGCACAGAACUACUGGAGACACAGAGAGGAGGUAUCACUUGCGCUACUACAAGACUGGAAUCUGCAUUCAUGAGACAGACUCCAAGGGAAACUGCACAAAGAACGGAGUCCACUGCGCGUUUGCUCAUGGGCCCCAUGACUUACGCUCUCCGGUGUACGACAUCAGGGAGCUUCAGGCGAUGGAGGCUUUGCAGAAUGGUCAGACUACGUCGGAAGGUGGCAUAGAGGGUCAGUCUGCAGUCGCUGCUAGCCAUGCCAUGAUAGAGAAGAUACUCAGUGAGGAGCCAAGGUGGCAAGAUACAACUUAUGUGUUGGGAAAUUAUAAGACAGAGCAGUGUAAGAAACCCCCCCGUCUGUGUCGCCAGGGUUAUGCCUGUCCCUACUACCACAAUAGCAAAGACAGAAGAAGAAGCCCAAGAAAGCACAAAUACAGAUCUUCACCAUGUCCCAGUGUGAAACAUGGAGACGAGUGGGGUGAUCCCAGUAAGUGUGAAAAUGGAGACUCAUGCCAAUACUGCCACACUCGCACAGAACAGCAGUUCCAUCCAGAGAUCUACAAAUCCACCAAAUGCAAUGAUAUGCAGCAGUCUGGCAGCUGUCCCCGAGGACCCUUCUGUGCCUUUGCACAUGUAGAACAGCCUGCACUCAAUGAAGAUUUACAACAAUCCUCGGCUGUGUCGAGCCCGACACAGACAGGCCCUGUGAUGUAUAUGCCAUCAGCAGCUGGCGAUUCUGUUCCGGUCAGCCCUUCCAGUCCACAUGCCCCAGACCUUAGCAAUGUGUGGAAUAAAUCAGGAACUCUGCCAACUAGCCCCACCUCCACCACACAAGCAAAAAUGAAGUCCCACUCACUGGAACACAGGAGCCAGGACCAACCUUUGUUACAGCCCAAACAGGACAUACUGGGUAUUCUCCCAGUGGGGAGCCCGCUGACAUCCAGCAUCUCCUCUAGUAUCACCUCCAGUCUGGCAGCAACGCCACCGAGCCCUGCCGGCACCAGCAGCAUACCAGGCAUGAAUGCCAAUGCCCUUCCUUUCUACCCAACCAGUGACACCGUUGAGUCUGUCAUAGAGUCUGCCUUGGAUGACCUGGACCUGAAUGAAUUCGGAGUGGCUGCCCUGGAGAAGACAUUUGACAGCAGCACAGUGCCCCACACGAGUGGCAUCAUGAUAGGUGGGAGUUUGCUGCAAAGUUCUGCUCCUGUAAAUAUCCCCGGGUCCCUUGGAAGCUCUGCCUCCUUUCACUCUGCCUCUCCUUCUCCACCGGUCAGCCUCUCAUCGCAUUUCCUCCAUCAGCCCCAGGGACACUUAAGCCAAUCAGAAAACACGUUCCUGGGGACAUCAGCUUCUCAUGGAUCAUUAGGUUUAAAUGGGAUGAACAGCAGCAUAUGGGAACACUUUGCUUCGGGGAGUUUUUCGCCCAGUACCUCACCUGCAUUUCUGUCAGGUCCAGGUGCUGCGGAGCUGGCACGGCUAAGACAAGAACUGGAUGAAGCCAACGGCACAAUAAAGCAGUGGGAAGAGUCUUGGAAACAAGCCAAACAGGCUUGUGACGCUUGGAAAAAGGAGGCAGAGGAAGCAAACGAUCGCGCCAACACAGCUAACAUGGAAUGUGAACUGGCCCGGGAGCAGAGGGAAGCCUUGGAGCUGCAAGUGAAGAAACUGCAGGAGGAGCUGGAGAGGAUCCACACAGGCCAGGACCCUCAGUUUCUGCGCUCCUUCUCUGACCUGGAAACGCUCUCGCUCUCUUCGCUUUACACCCUUCAGAAACAGCUACGGGCAAACCUGGAGAAAGUCGAUAAGGCGGUAUUUCAGAUGCAGUCGGUGAAAUGCCUUAAGUGUCAGGAGGAGAACCGGGUGGUGUUACCGUGCCAACACGCAGUGCUGUGUGAAACGUGCGCCGAGGAGGGCGAGUGCCCCAUCUGCCAUCCCAACAGGCCCCACUCUCUCCAGUCGUGA